UAGUGAUGUGCUCUCGGCGAUACCAAUAACCAAUAUAAAACAGCGGCAUAUUAAAAGAGAUGUCAGGAAUACAUGAGGGAAUGAGCGAGAAUGCGUCUUCGUUCGGACACUUCAACAUAUCUUACGAACAUUGGUCAACAAUGAACGACUCGGAAAAAGACAUAAUUGCCAUCCGGGUAGUUCCCAUUAUUUUUAUGGUGAUUUUUGUCACUGGGAUAUUUGGGAAUGCACUUGUUGUUUACGUUUUCGUGAGGAACAAAGCGUUUCGCACCGUAACUAAUAUAUUUUUGCUCAAUCUUGCGCUGGUGGAUCUCGUGUACCUGUGUUUCUGUUGCCCCUUUACAACUGUUAAAGUUUUGGUGAUGUAUUGGCCAUUUGGAAAUAUAAUGUGCAAAAUGGUACAGUACCUGAUGGUGGUUUUUAUGUCCGUCAAUGUAAUGACGUUAACGGCGAUAGGAUUUGACCGUUAUUUCGUCAUCGUACACCCUAAACGAGUAAGAUCUUACAGAACUCCUCAAAACACGUGUUACAUUAUCAUAGCUCUUUGGGUGUUCUCCUUCCUCGUUUUUUCCUGGGUUCUUCUGGUUGUGCGGGAAGUCAAAGCGUUUCGUCCCAUUUGUCUGGAGGAAAUGGAAGAUGACGAACGGAAAGCUUACGCUGCUUGCAUGUUUAUCUUCUUUUAUCUUAUUCCACAAACAUUGGUUGGAUUUUGUUACAUCCAGAUUGCUCAAAAACUACGCGCGCAUUUGAGGCGUGGUGCCCGAUUAAAUCAGGCGGCACUUGUCACGCUGAAAAUAAGAGGUAAAAUAGUGAAGAUGACAUUUGUCGUUACCCUGGCAUUUGCAGUAUGUUGGCUACCCCUCCACGUAGCAGCAAUAAUGAAUUCACUUAACGUUCCAGCGACGACAUUUUCUUAUCAUUUGCAAUUAUUUGCGCCAUGCUUUGCUUAUGUCACAGUGUCACUUAAUCCAGCAAUUUACUGUUUUAUGAGUAAAACUUUCAGAAAAUUUUUGAGAGCUGCAUUUACCUGUAGAACAGUCUCGUUAAACUCUGCCAUGCUGGGGGAAGAUGCUGAAUUGAUUCCAAAUAAUCAGGAUAUGAGCAACAGCAGUAAGCAUUGGGAACUUAGAAGCAUUACCAACAACCACGAGAAAUCAUCUCAUGUAAAUGGAUCUAUCGAUUGUACUUUGAACACUCAGACGGAAACUUCCUCCGUGCCCGAAAAUUCGGAUUGCGCUAUAAAUAAUUUGCUUGAAAGUUCGUCCCCACAGGACAACCUUGUUGACAAAGAAUGCCAAACAGAAAAGACUUGUAUAUCUCACACAACGAAUAUGUGAUUAUAGUUUUAUUUAAUAUAUGUAUUUUCUUUUUUGAGGAGCUUCAUUCAGCUCAACAAAUUACCAGCAUGAGAGAAAAUAUGGUCCUUGACGAUCACUAUUUAAAUUUCUAGAGGACUUAACUGUUAAUAGUUGUUGGUUUGACGCAUCAUGUACUCAUUUUUAAUUACAUAUUGUUGAUUAUAUUUGAAAUUUUAAUUCAAAGAUUUUGAAAAAUCGAAAUAAAUAUUUCUCAACGUAA